AUCAAAAGUGAUACUCGUCCAUUUAUGGUGUAUGUUUACUGUCGCAACUACUCUCAAAAGCUGUUCUAGAAUACAUCAUGCACGUUGAUAAGUGAAAACGUUUCGAGACAUGGUAGUUGAUCUUCUCAAUGUUACCGAGAAUCAUGCUUGCGAAACAAAUCCAAUGUCAAAGCAUUUUGUAAAGAUAGUUUGCAGUUUGUUUACCUCAAGAGAGUCUGUUACUGACGAAAAGGGUGAGAAAAAAGUCCAGAAGUUUUCUCCACUAAUUUUAAGCCUCGAAGAAAAAGAAGAAAAUGACACUGAUGAAAAAGCACAACGCAGAGUAAUUGACGUUAUUAGCAGAUGUUUUAAUGUUUGUAGAAACGCAAUGGUCGGACAACAACUGGCAAGAUACUACUACAUCGUUUUAAAAGACUAUACAUCUGCAGAAGACACCAUAAAACAAUGCUUGUUACAACUUCCUCAUAACUCCUACCUUCUUGAUACAUACGGACAGAUUUUCAAGACCAAAAUGGAGCAGUCAUUUUCAAAUUUAGUUGGGAAGAAAAUGGCAAAUUGUGAAGCUGCAGAAUGCAUAAAUUUAGCUUCAAAGGCUGUGGAAAAAUUUCAACUUGCACAAGAAGCAUCCACACAAUACGAAGAAAAUGCUGCCUUCAACUCAAACAGUUUUUAUAUGGAAGUGAUGACAGCUUUGAGCUUACUGGAACAUUUUCACAAGUUUGAAUGUUAUAAAGAUAAAGAGUCAUUUUGGAAGUUCUUGAACGAGGAUAACAUUUGCUUGGAAACAUCACCUUACAAAGAAAUUGUUGCAUUGGCGCCCACUCUUGAAACUUUUAAGAAAAAAAGUGAAAUUCAGCAUCACUUAGAAAUGUCACUUCGUACUCUUGAGGAAAGAGCCUAUAUGGCUCGCCAUUUGACAACUGUCUUUACACCUUCGGGUGAUACUCUUUUAUUAAGGCCAAGGGAAAAGUUUGAAAUGUUCUAUGGGAGUAAGGAACACACGUCCCAGUUCGAAUUUCUAUUUGGAGUAGGAUUAAAACUUCUGAUGAAAGCUCACACAGAUAAAGAAAGUCGUGGAAAGUUUGAAAAGCGAGUAAAAGAGGCAGAAAGACGCUUAGAGAAAAAAGACUUUACAGAACAAGAGAGGGAUUUGUUAGUUUAUUUAGGGUACAAUAUUAUAAGAUUGUCCACAGAGGAGAUAAAUGCCAGUUUGAGUUUAUAUAGACGCUUGCUCAAUUAUAGUACUGAUUUAUGGAAGAUACAGCGAAACAAGAACGCAAAAGAUAGGAAAUAUGUAGAAGCUUAUCUUUAUUAUGCGCUUUUGCAUUGGAUUCUACCAGGACGAUCUGAGUUGGGAAUAGAAGGCUUGUCACAUCCAGAAACGUAUAGUGUUCUCCUUAAAGAAUGGGAGGAGACCUACAUGAUAAACAAUCAUAUUAGAAACAGAGAACAACUUUUCAAAGAAAAACCAAAAAUAUUUUUUGCAAUUGGAAAUGGGUCACAUGGAAACGAUAUUGUAGAUUUAGAGUGGCUUCGACAUUUAUGGAGAGAAGCAAUGUCAAAGCAAGGACGAACAAGAAAAGAAGUGAAGGCUGACAAUCACUGGCAACAUCCAAUAUUUGAAGAGCGUCUUGCGCGUUUAAAUGGGACUGUUGACUCAAAUGGUAGGCGAAUAUCCACAGAGGUUUGCUUUAACAAAAGAAAUUACACAUUCAAGAUACGCACCAACGAAUAUUAUGAACCCCUCAAAAACCGAGCUGUGACGUUUGUUCUUGCGUUUUCGUGGAUGGAUCCAGUCGCUCUUGAUGUUAGGAAGCAUGAUAAAUAUUUCAAAAGACAAAAUUCGCAGAGAUCACCGGAGAAUACACAAGAAAAUUGGUUUCAAAAUUAUGAUAACAAUGAUGAACUUGCACGUCAAGAUACCAACUUAAGAAAUCUGAGCACCUUACCAAAAGAACAACGCCCUAGCUCCAGAGAUGAACAGAUCUCUCUAAAUUGGUCCACUGAUACUGAGCAUAUUCGGGAAAACGCUGCAUGCAAAUCAGAAGGACACCACAAAAAGGCUGCCUACUCUAAAUCCGAAAGUCAAGUAACAAAGAAAACUUUCUCUAUGGAUGAUGGUGACGGACAAAGUAACAGUAAGAACUCAUCACUUAGGACAGAUGGUUUUGGCCGUGGCAGAGGUCGAGGAAUCAGAAGCCAGGCAGUUGCACCGACCGGAACUCGGUCAACAUUUAAGGAGGCAACGGCUGCGGAUCAUGAUUCUUCUCAGUUAAACAGGGAUCGGAAAAAUAUGAAGACAUGUAUUCCUGAUGAAAAAGGGCCGCUUGGUGUUUUCAAAACAGAGUCUUUUGAGUCAAAACACAAACCUGAUACUGGAAACGAUCAAAAAGAAAAGAAAUCGUUUGCAGCCGUUGGAAAUGAUUCACCAGCUACUCCUUGGUCAAACAUUGCUGGAAGCUCCAUUAGUGCUUCAGGUCAGAGCUCAACAAUCAACAUGACUAGAACAAAAACCUGUGAAGGAAAUGUAUUUACGGAAGAUGUCCAAGACAUAGAUGAGAUCGAUAAAGAAUGGACUACCGUAAAGAAAAAGUCUCGUAGCGUCAAAAAAGAAAAUCAAAACAUCAAGGCACAUAUAUCUGCUCCUCGUUUAUCUUCGGCAUACACUUCAAAACAGGAGAGGUUUGAAGAACUACUAAUAAAAAAAUGCCAAGAAAGAUAUCCCCAUGUAUCCCGAAGUAAAUUGAUAAAUGCCUAUAAAGAUGUCAAAAGUAGUAAUAGCGGAAAUCUAACAGGAAUUAGAAUGGAGAACAUUAUUGAAGAAAUCGGGAAACAUUUGAAACACUGAAAGUGCUUAAGAGACAUUGUAAAAUAAACAUAUUAUAAGAAAAAUGCAGAUGUCACGGACGUACAUGAAUACUUGUUUUUAAUGUACUUUUUCAUAUGUUGGUUAAAUAUAGUACAUAUAGUACUAAUAUAAUGUUGAUUAUGUAAAUAUUGAUGUCGUUAUCAUUUGAAACAAGUCUAUCUAUUUAGAAAAGUUGUGAAAUUAGGAAUUUUAAUUAAGUGAUGAGAUUGAAUUUGUAUUCUCAUAAUGAUCAUAUAUGUAAAUUAUUUGUUAUCUAUGAAAGCUAUAUGUAAAUACGUUACCUUGCCUUUAUUUAAUUUUUUGAAAAUGUAUCGUUUGAAUGUUGGCAUCAUGGCAUACUUUCUCUUUUGAACCACACUAUGUGAUAUUCCUCUUCACCUAGGCUGUCCUCAAUUCCGUUUCCACACAAUUCCGUUUCCUCACCGAAUCUAUUUUACCCCAAUUGAUUUUCUCGGGUAAACUGUUUCCCCUCUUUCAGUUUUACCACAAAUAUUUUUUACCCUCAAUCCAUUUUCUCAUCCUGACUAUUUUAAAUGAUGUUUUCAUAUACAUGCUAAAAACAUAAAACUGACAUGAGCUUUUUCAUUUUUACGACUUUCCCCCAAACACUAACUAAAUAUUUCAAUCGAAUAAAAAGUUCCCUUUAAGAGAUAAAGGCGCUCUUGGAAAUGAAUUACUCGACGCUUUUAUCUCAUAUGUCAACAAUCGCCAUUAUCAGAGACACAUGCAGUUGUAAUACACACUAAUUACGCAUGUUAGCCAAUAAGUAUGUGUUAUGUUUUAAAUAUUAAUUGUAAAAUAAUGUGAAAAGUAACUUCAUUAAACAAGUUUGGCCGUCCAAUUGAAUUUAAAUGUAACAAUGUUCUGUUGUUGUUGUGAUAAUAAAUGAUGUUAAUAUGCUUAUUAAAUAUGUGCCUGGUUAUUAUUAUUGGAUUUUUUAUUUUGUAUUGUUUAACUUAAAGAACGUCAAAAUUCUUAACUCUUACUCUGCUGUAACGGAUAGUUAUUAGCUUUUAACAGCACGGGCGACAGUCUCUGUACUUCUGGUAGCUCAGUUUUGGUAUUUUGAAAUUGAAAACCCUUAAACUUAGAAAUUACUAUUCCAUAUUUCAAGGGGACAUAUACAUUACACAAACUGAGCAGUUUAAGGGUUAAAGAGUAAAUCACUUUUAUGAAUGUAAAAGAUUGUCCCCCUCUUUCUAGUUGUGAGUUAUGGAAAAACUUCAUACAGUAUUUGAUGCAAUAUUUUGGGACAAUCUACAAUUUUUGUUUUAAUUUUGUUUUUUUGUUGUUUUAUACAUUAACGUCAUUUUGUAUCAGUGGUUGUAUUUUUUUUGGUUAUCUGAAAUGAAAUGUUUUACAUAUGAUUUGAAACAUAAAGAAUUACGUGUACUUAAUAUGUCAAUUUUUGGUUGAAUUAUGUUUUUGUUCAGCAUAAACUUCAUUUUGUAUCAGAGGUCGUUUAUAUUUGACAUGAAAUGUUUUAUAUAUAAUAUGAAACAUAAAGAAUAACGUUUUCCUAAGUCAAUGUUUGUUUGAAUUAUGUUUUUAUUGUUCAACAUAAACUUCAUUUUGUAUCAAGGGUUGUUUGUAUUUUUUAUGGUUAAUUGAAAUGUAAUGUUUUAUAUGUAAUGUGAAACAUAAAGAAGAACGUUUAUUAUAUGUCUUCAUUUAAAUAAAAAAACUAUUUAUACACUGUAA